GUCCGCACAUUCACCGAUCAUGCACAAUUGGACAUACCUUAUGCGAUCUUAUGUCCGGUUUACUUUCUGAGAUAUCCAAACGAAUUGGCAUCUCAUGUCGUAUCAGUUGAUGUUCUAGCAAGGCAAAUUAUAAGCAGACCUCGAAUAAGGCAAACGCUGAUUCUCAAAAAAGGAACACUACCGAAAUGGGCACCUUCAGGAAUCUUGCGAAAUGCAGAAAGUUGGGUAUUGGAAGAAAGUGAAGUAGAACUGGAUUCACCCUUUUCAGCAUCCGAUCAACGGACAGACGGAGAAGGAAGAAAGAUGAAAUGUUGGACACGAAACCUGGAUCAUACAACAGUUAUGGCAGUGACGGAAAACUUGACAUUCACAGAACAAUUACCAGCUUCAAUAGACAAGGAAGACGCUCCAAUCUCCACAAGUAGAUUAGAUUCAACGCACGAUGUUGAAUCCAGUAUGGGUUUCACUUUGUUGCAAUCUCGAAUAGAAAAGUUUGGUUAUCAACGUGUACGAACGCAUGUGGACACAUCCAGGAAAGGGCUAUGGAUGACAUAUUCACGAUUCCUACAACAACGUUUGCAAGAAGGCAGGAUAAAUGCUUUGGUGGUGAAU